UCUUGAUGAUCUUUAUUUUGAAGACGGUCUAACAUAUAAGCGCAUGAUUUAGAUGAACGGGAUUGCUAUUGUGCCAUUUCUGAAGAAUCUUACUAUUUUCUCUUGCCUUCUUAGAACAACAUGGGAAGAAGUGAUGAUGACAGUCCAUCGCCGCCAAGAGGUCACAGGAGAAGAACUCGCAGCCCAAGUCCUCGUGGUAGUUAUGGAGGCCAUGGCAAGCGCCCCACAACUAAUCUUAUGGUGACGAAUCUUGGUCCGGAUUGUAGGAGUUAUCACCUUCGUGAACCAUUUGGAAGAUUUGGCCGCGUUAAAGACAUAUAUCUGCCAAAGGAUUACUACACUCAGCAAUUUAGAGGAUUUGGGUUCGUCGAAUAUGUUGAUCUUGAGGACGCUUCUAAUGCAAAGCACUAUAUGGAUGGGCAGAUAGUUCUUGGAAGGAAACUUCGUGUUGUUUAUGCACAGGACGUCAGGAAGUCACCUUCUGCCAUGAGGUUGAGGGCCAUAGAAAGAAGGUACGGCGGAGGUCCUUCUUGUGUCCGGAGGUCGCGCUCAAGGUCACCUGGGUACCAUGAUUCUCCUAGGGGUAGAUCACGGUCCCGAAGUCGAAGCUACUCGGCAGCACAACACUAUUCAAGGUCCUCGUCUCCUCGACCUCGAGAGAGAUCGUCACCAGCUGACAGCGGAUCAAAGAGUGCAAGCCCCGGUGCUAGCAGGUCUCCUCCCAGGCAGAGAUCUCCUUCUGAUGGCGAGUGAGGUACCUUAGAACUACUUUUGUCAGCAACCUCGACCCUCGUGCACUAUACGAUUUCUGAACAAGCUAGUAGGAUGUAUUGGGUAUUCCGAAAUCUCUGGUGAGCGAAGUGGAUUUUGAACCAACGAACCUUGAUGCAAAUUCACAGAUACUUAGAACCAAUCACUGAGACCCGAGGGCCACUUCACAUAUACUACUGCUACUGUACUGCUAGUGUUUUUUGUGAACUAUUACUAGUAGUAAGGAAGAAGUGCAAUUCC